AUGUCUACCGUCGGUACAGAAGGGUUUGCAACGCUAGAUGGCGCUAGAUCCAAAUCAGCAUCCACCGUAUCACCGAAAGCAAACUCUUACAUUGUGUACGAUGAAUUAUUACGGCAAAGGAAAGCAGAGGCCAGCAGGUCAAUUAUUGUACAAGUGCAAAAAGAAAACUUAUGUGAUGAUGUAUUAUUGUAUUGUUCACAAUUUGGAGAAAUCAACAAAAUAUUUCAUUACACGUCCCAUAUCAUAGAGCACUCGCAAAAAGAAAAUAAGGACCUGGUUUUCAUUGAAUUUAAAGAUGAAAAACACUUUGAAGCUGCACUUACAGCAUCAACGCAUGCAAAUCACCAGUAUAUCAUACCGGCCUGCACACCAAUGCUAUGGUUCCGUCACACUAAAAGUUCAUCAAUUAAAAAGAAGCUUACAAGUAAUAAACAAAUAGAAAUUAAAAAAGAUUCUUGUAAAGUUUUGAGUAAGAUGGAAAUAAAAAAUAAAUUAGCUAAAGUCGAUUCCAUUUCUGAACAAAUAUUGACUUUAUAUGACUUCACAAAACUGAAUGAUGCUGGCACGAGAUUAAGAUUUUUCACGGCUUAUCAAAUUGAAAGAUGUUUUAAAAGUUUAUUCCCAAAUUUAGUUGUUGUACCAUUUGGCUCAUCUGUCAAUACUUUUGGCAAGCAAGGCUGUGAUUUGGAUUUAAGUUUGAUCUUAGAUCAGAAUAAUACGGAAAAAAUUUCCAGUAGUUUAGUUUACCAGACUAAAUAUUUCUCUGGACAAAAUAAAACUCAUGUGAAACGACUAAUGGAAACAAUCGCAGACAGUAUGAGUACUUUUCUACCAGGUGUUUCUAAUGUCAAAAAAAUUUUAGAAGCCAGAGUUCCUAUCAUUAAAUUUGAUCAUCUGUUGUGUGGAGUAGAAUGUGAUCUAUCCACAACAAAUAUGACUGCCUAUUAUAUGUCUGAACUUUUGUACAUAUUUGGCGAAAUGGAUUGGAGAGUGAGACCACUUGUAUUUACUAUCAGAAAGUGGGCAGAGUCCAUUGGUUUGACCAGUAAAAUUCCUGGACCCUGGAUAUCAAAUUUUAUGCUGACAAUGAUGGUAUUAUUUUUUUUACAACAACAGCACGUGUUGCCUUCAAUUAAUAGUCUUAAAUUAAGUGCCAGUCAAAACGACGUUCGAGUAGCAGAUGUUCACGUUGACUGUACCUUUUUAAGGGACAUAACUAAGCUGCCAAAAACGAAAAAUACAGACUCUCUGGAAAAACUCCUCCUAGAUUUUUUUUCAUACUACAGUAAUUUUGAUUUUAGCGCGAAAGCUAUUUCAUUGAAUAUGGGAAAACCUGUACUCAAGUCAGAAAAUCAUCCUUUGUAUAUAUGUAAUCCACUGGAGGUAAAUUUAAAUGUUAGUAGGAUUGUGAGCAUCGAUAGUUUGCAUCGUUUAGUUUUGGCAUUUCGUGACGCUACGUGGGUGUUGGAAACCAAAAAAGAAAGAAACCACGAAAGUAAGGGGCUUCUUAGUUUGUUUUCAAAGGAAAGUAUACAAAAAAAUUGGAAAGAAAGUAAAAAAACUGCUCGAUGAUUGAA